CUUCGAGUGAAGCGGCCGUCCGCGUAGCGAUCCAGUGGGGGAAUCUCUUCGAUGGGAUUGUUGUGCUUGGUUGUGCAGAGAUCGAGUCUACUAUCCGCGCCCCUGCUACCUGCUGCGAGAGUGGUUUAUAGUUUCAUCUAGCUAGUGCGAAUGUGUGAGUGUGAAAAAUGGUGGAAAAGCCGAUAGUGUCUUGCACAAGAGGGUGGUGGACGUAUGGUUAAGGGAAAGCGCAUCAUCCACACCAUUGUGCCAAAACCGCUGCAUCGAAAACGCGCCGCACGUGGAAUCGCUUAUCGCUUUCGUCCGUUUGAAAACUUGUGUGAAAGCUGUGGUAGUUUUUGUGAUAAAGGUGGAAAGCUGUGUGUGGCCAGGCGAAGCAAAGCAAAUAUAGUGUCUACCCCGGAGGGUCGUCUUUAGUGAAACAUAUUAACGGAUGGAUUAAACCACACGAUCCCAGUUUGUCAACAAACCAGCAAGAGCCAGCGCAUCCAACGCCAGGUCAAAGACACCUGAAUGACUCCGCCAAACAUAUGAACCCGCUUAAACCCCGGCCGGAACGCGUAUCUUCCAGAGCGUCACGAUGGCGAAGUUCUUCCUGUGCCUUAUAAUCCAGCGAUUAGUUUUACCGCUCAUCUUGGCAACAUGUUUGCUGAUGAAACCGGUGGGAUUAUCUCUUCCUUACUUGAUCUUCCUGCUUAUGAUACCGUAUGUGCCUGUAGCAAACAAAAAAACCAUCGUGGGACACGCUGGACUCUUAUUUAAGUUGCUGUUUGUAUGGACUCUGCUCGUGUUAAUGUCGCUCCUUGUGUAUCAGGUGAUCUUGAUCUCGAGCUCAAUCGAGAGCUGUUCGGUGGGUGGAAAAGUGCUGCGACACAUUGGGAUCGUGAAAUUCCAUGAGCUAGGAGCAUGGAUGAUAGUGUACUGGUUGGCACCGGAAGUGAUUCUCGCCUGUACUGCACUCGGUAUGCUGAUCGUGCUACGAAAGCUUACCGGUGUGGUUGGUCCGCGGCGAAGAAGAGGAAGAAAUGGCGCUAGCACCGCGGACACAGCCGAACAGGGUGCGAAUAUCUCGGUACAGGAAUCGUGUGCCACGACUACGGAGGAUGAGCUGCAGAGUGUCGUCGUUAGUCCGGAGCGGGUUCCGUUCUUCACCAAGCUCGGCAUUCUGCUGUCCAUGUGUAUUUUGUGCGUAACCGGUGUCCUGCAGCCGUCCGCCCUGAGUGGUGUGUACUUUCUUGUGUUCCUAGGAGCGGCCUCGUGGUGGGCAUGCUACAAGCAGUUAGAUAAGGCGUUUGGAAUAGUUUUAAAAGUCACACUAGUGUUUCUAGUCACGCACAUUACUUUAUUUCUGGCAUACCAGAAUCCGGGACCGCAGGAGCUGCUGCCGUACAACGAGACGGCUGCCCGCGUUCUCGCCCUUAAGCCAAUUCUGAGCUCCACGUGUGAUCUGCUGAACCAAACCGACAUCCGGGAUGUGCACUUCAAUUCCAGCUUUGACACCGACGUGUACCUUAAUCCCAUCUUUCUCAUCGUGUGCUAUUACUGCAUAACGAUGACAUCAUCGCUGUUAUUGCGAUCAAGAUUCCCACAGCAUCAGCUUCUCAUCAGUGCAAAUGGCUACUAUACCUACGGUAGGUCGACGGCUUUUAGCAGAGUUAGUAUCGCUGCCGAGGCGAACUCAGAUGCUCCGGACGAGCGAACACCCCUGAUGCGCCGUGGAACGCACCGAAUACGCGAUGCUUCGGCAACGGACGGCAAAGAAACUGCUCAAACCGAUCAAAUAGCGUUAGAAACUUUAGAAUCUAAAGACUCCAAUGUACAUAUUUCAGAAGAGGAAGAACCGUCCAGCAUCUUCGAGCAAGCACUGCUAGCCGUUCGAAACGUCGCCUCAUAUAUCUACAUGAAUAGUUACAUCUUUACCAACGUCAUCAUGAUGGUUUGGAGCAUCAUGUACCACAGUUGGCUUACGUUCGUGUUGCUGAUUUGGGCCAAUCUGAUCUGGAUCAUGCCGAAUCACCGGAAAAAUAUGUUGAAAUCAAGCCCCGUUCUUGUAAUAUAUGCCGAAUUGCUCCUUCUGGCACAAUACCUGUACGGCAUGAACCUUACUGAGGAAGAGUUACCGACCGUGAUUGACGGCUCGUCUUUCAAUUUGGAGGAGCUGGGAUUUGUACGACGUCUUGAAUAUCCUUGUGUGCCACUGCUCGUAAAAUCUCUGUUUACCACCAUGUUCUGGAUUUCACUUCGUCAGCAGAUCCAGGAAAAGCACACCGAACGUCGUGAAUCGAUGAUCGCGAAUAUGGCGUCACCGAUACAGUUACCGAUCGGUGCCGCUACAACGGCUGCUACUGGACCGGCGGGUACGUCCGGAGAUCGAGCACAGGAGAAGAAAUCGUCCGCCUUUGUCACUCAGAUGGCAAAGUUCUUCAAGUCAUUUAUGAUCAAAUUUUGGAUAUGGAUGGUUGCCCUGACACUCUUUCUGUCUGCUAUCAUCGGAAACCGAAUGACAAUGUUUCGUAUCGUGUACAUGGUACUCUUUCUCGCCUUUGUACUUACAUUCCAGUUUUCUUUCAAAAUUUGGCGAAAGAUGAUGUACUCGUUUUGGUUCACAGUUAUCGGUUACUCUAUGGCCAUUUUGGUGCUCGUUUACGUGCAUCAGUUUGAACAGUUCCCACGGUAUUGGGCUAUGAUUGGAAUAUCGAAAGAAUUACAAGAAGAUAUUGGACUAGAGAUCUUCAAAACUGGACAACUUUUCCUGCAUCUCUUGAAUCCGACUCUAGUCGUCAUCAUUACUGUGAUACAGCUGCAUUAUUGUCAUGAACGCUUCUUAGUCAUCAGUGAAAUUCCAUCGAUAAGCGAAGAAGAAUCGGAAGCGUCGAGAACUGAGGGCAAUACGUCCGCAUAUGGAACGUUUGCAGGAAAUCAAGAAAACCUAGCAUCCGAUGCCGGUUCUGCGGAAACUAUUGCUAAGGAAGAUGAAGAGGCCAAAACAUCGCCAACAGCGGCAACGAUCAAAGAGGAAGAUAAAGACGACGAUGGAUACGAAAAGUUGGAAGAUUUUCAAUUCCGCAAAUUAUCACGCCACGAAAUCACAAGCUAUGCCCGAAAAGGCUGGAAAAUGGUGCUUGAGUUGAUCGAAUUAACGUGGCUGUUUUUCGAGAUUCACAUGCCAAAGAUCAUACUGAUCGUAGCGUUUUCGCUGAGCGUCAAUUCGGUAAACUUGCUGCAUCUGCUGUACGUUGUGCUUUCGGUGAUUACCGUGAAAAGGCACACUACAGGCAAGCACUCUGUGAUGCACGGCCAGUUGAUAAAGAUAACACGCAUCAUGUCGCUAUUUUCCUCCCUGAUGCUCAUCCUGACUAUGAUCUAUCAAGUGAAGUACAUCAAGGAAGAGAACUUUCACAGCGAAUGUCCCAAUAUUGAUGCAAACGUUACCCAAAUGGAUAUGAACAAUGCUCAAUGGUUCGGUAUGCGGAAAGCGAACGGCGGACAAACGCUAACUGAUCUGCUGCGCCCUUACCUGGCCUAUAUCCUGAUGGUGACAGUACACACUGUGACGAUACUGCGCCAAACGAUCCGUAGAAUACGGUUGGGGCUAUCCCCCAAGACACCGGAACUCAUGUUUCCGGAUAUUGUGCGAGCCGACGCCGACAAGGACAUCCCGCGGAUGAUAAUGUACUUGUUUAAUUAUGGAUUUUUCAAGUUUGGCGUUGAAAUCACGCUCGUCGCACUGAUCAUUACAAUCGGGCAGCGAAUGGAUAUCCUUUCCAUUGGGUAUGCCGUUUGGUUGGCAGUGACUUUCCACAUGACGCGUGCUGCAUUGCAACGAAUCUGGCAGGCCUUAACCUGGUUCAUUGUGAUCUCAAUUCCAUUACAAUACCUGCUCUUCAUUGGUCUACCACCCCUGGCGUGUGUUAACUAUCCUUGGAUGAUAGUGCAGCUCGAUCAUUUUCGUAUCUGGGCUAUGUUACCAGAAAACACGGUCGUAUUUCGAUCGUUUGCCUCGAAGAUGGUGGCAGACUUUGUGCUGUUAAUGUUCCUUUGCCGACAGACGGUAGUGUUCCGGUUGGAUUUGCAGGCACCAAAGGACUAUGGUGGUGGCAGUAAUGCAUCGGUGUUAGAGGAUUUCAAGAAGCUGGAUGAUGGCGUAUUCAAAAAUCCAACACCAGACUUCAUCACGAAGGUUCGCAACUGGCUCGAUGUCUUGAAGCGUACCCUGUUUCUAGUGUCGUUUUGGUUCACAUUGGCCAUCGUGUUUUUGAGUGGUUCAAAUCGAGUGAACCUCUUUUCGGUAGGCUAUCUGAUCGGGGCGUUUUUCUUCCUUUGGCAAGGAACAGAUUUUUAUUUGCAUUCUAUCGAUUACAUACUGAAAAGAUGGAACAUGCUCAUCUGCUAUAAUGUGUUCGUCAUCACUUGCAAGACGCUGCUGCAACUAUUUGGUUGUUUGUUCCUCGAUCAAAUGAUGAACAAUGCCUGUUGGGUCAUGCAGCUGUUCGGUGUUACUUGUCUUUCAUCUACGAUUGCACCUCUACCACCCAGUGCGACGGAGCCAGUAGACCAGCUCUGUAGAGCACCCGAUCCUAGCGACGCUGGCCUGUUCUGGGAUGGCAUGUGCUUUGCCUUCUUGUUGCUCCAACGUCGACUUUUCUCUAGUCACUACUUCUGCCACAUUAUUAACGAAUCAAAAGCGAGCAAAUAUCUAGCUUCAAGAGGAGCCGAACUCAUUGAGGAACUACGCGUCAAAGAAAGUACAUUGGAAGCGGAACGAGAGCGACAGAUACUAGAGAAAAUUAAAGCCAAAAUGGAUCGCAUCAAGGCGACACAGCAGAAGAUUCUGGAGGCAGCCCAGGAUUCGGGCACCCAUGCAAUAGAUACUGUCGACCAUAGGUCAAGUUUGAAGCGCAAAAUAUCGGAACACAGACCAACGGCGAUACGAUCUGGAGACUACUACAUGUUUGAGGAUGUGGAGCAGGAGUUCGAGCUAGAGAUGAUCGAAGAUCCUCAAAUAACUCAUCAGGACAGUGAAGAUCUUGAAGAUAAAUCUGCGAGAGCACGAAGCUUAAACCAACGCUUAACUCUCAGCAGGCUGGCUGCACAGUUGAAGGAACGGAGAAUGCAGGAGGUCCUUGCGUUAUCGCGUGGUAACGAAGAUGGUGAUAGUAAGAACGAGACCGGCGGUCAAUCUAGUAGUGCACCCUCGGCCAAUGGAACCGAGCAGCCCCUCUUACAACGACGCCUUUCUUCUCCGGGUGUUUAUCGGAGACGGCGUUCGGUAACUGGCGAGCACAGCGCUGGUACUGCUGCUGCCGGGCUCGAUGAUAACGCUAUCGUGCCGGAGCGUUCCGCGUUAUCUGAACCAAUACCACCACCUCAUAGUCUGUCUCGACCACGUCCACGGAAACCAACGGGUACGGAUGAGCCGGAUGUACAACAGGCCGGUCCAAGUAAGGAUCUGCACGCUCAAGCAUCGAUCACGGACGAGGAAGCUCGCCUGUUGAGCGACGAUGAAGACGAAGACCAACGAGACGGUGCUAAGGCUGCACCGGAGGAGGAAAAGAAGGGUAAAUUCUCCCUCUCCGGUUUAGCGCUCAUACCUGCCUUCGUGGUCGGUGCCAUUGGCUCACUGACGCUCCGGUUGCACCGUGUUUCACGCAACUAUCGUUACGUGAUGCGUGUUCUAUCGCGCGAGAAGCAGGAACUGAAGGAGACGCCCGGUUUCGGCGUCGGAACGCGCGAUAAAGAUGGCGUUUGGACGCACUACGUGUCGCGGACGAACAGCAGCAAUUCUGAUGCUGGCUCCCAGUCGGGAGACAGUAGCAAUAGUUUAAUAUCGCGGCCUGGUUCACCUACCGCCAGUAGUCAGCCGCAUGUACACAGUAGUAACGCUAACCCUGAUCACCCGGACCCACAUGGGGCGUCGGUACCACCUUCGCCUGCCAUAUCGUCUAUCACCACACAGCCGCCCAGUGCCAUCAGCGGACCGAAACAGACAACGUUCCGCGAGGAUCUUACUGUACAGCUGCCGGAUACAGGGCGCAGUAAUAGUUUACUUCCCGAGAUCCUCAUCUCGGCACCGUCGGCCGAGCGGGGCUUGGACGAAGAAGGCAUACCGUACCGCUACUAUUCCAAUGACACACUGGACAGCAAAACCGACGGAAGUUCAACGGAUGCGAUCAAGCGUACGUUAGAUGAGGUUAGCUCCGAGGAGGACUUUACUAGCCGGAAACACUCGCUGAUUGUGGAGUUGGUGCAGGCGAUAUGGUAUGCCAUCAUGUCGCACACCGACUUCAUCUGCUACUUCGUAGUUUUUCUGAACCAGGUCAAUUAUGCCAGUUUGUUAUCUCUGCCACUACCCCUGAUGGUGACACUUUGGGGCACGCUCACGUUCCCACGACCAUCGCAAACCUUCUGGACGAAGCUAAUAGCGUAUACUCAAACGGUGGUGUUGAUCAAGUGUAUCUGUCAGUUCGAGAUGCUCUGGUGGAACCAAACUCCGAUUCCCUCCAAUCAACCCUUCCACCCGGCACGGUUGUUCGGUAUCGAACGAAAGGACGGGUACGCCACGUACGAUCUGAUCCUACUACUAAUGCUGUUCUGCCAUCGGUUCAUUCUGAAAUCGCUUGGACUGUGGAAAUCCGAUCCCACGGAGGAACCCUCGCUUAAGGAAGGCUUGUAUCAGGUCGAUCCGAACGAUGAGCGUACCAAGGCGCUCAUGGCGAAAGCUGAAGAAAACGAAAAAAUUCAGGAAACCUUCGAAGUGCGGAAGACCGACGAUCUCACGGGUUUGUCCAUGGUUCGCAUCAAUGAAACAGCUGGUCCGAUGCCACCACCUUUGGAUGAUCCAAACAGCGACUCCACGCAGCUGUGUGUCUCCAUUCAACCGGAACCGGUCAAAAAGUUCUCCCCUCAGAUAGUAAAGGAAGCGUUCCUGCAAUAUACCUCCGCUCUGAAGGCCUUCUUUAGCCAGUUGCUUGAUCGUCAGUCCCGCAAAACCGCCGACGUGUACGGUUACAUGUUUUUGUGCGAUUUCGUGAACUUUUUCGUAAUUUUGUUUGGAUUUUCGGCAUUUGGGACGCAAGAGGGCGACGGUGGUGUGCUGUCGUACUUUGAGGAAAACCGUGUACCGGUAACGUUCCUGUUGAUGCUGAUCAUUCAGUUUUUCCUGAUUGUGGUCGACCGGGCGCUCUACCUGCGCAAGAACAUCGUGGGGAAAAUUUUAUUCCAGUUUUUCCUCAUCAUUGGACUGCACGUGUGGAUGUUCUUUGUACUGCCGUCUACGACAGAGCGCAGCUUCAAUGCCACCACGCCUCCGAUCCUGUACUACAUGAUCAAGUGUUUCUAUCUGUUGUUCUCGGCGUAUCAAAUCCGAUGCGGUUACCCGGCGCGCAUUUUGGGCAACUUCCUGACGAAGGGCUUCACAAUGGCCAACUUUUCCGGUUUCAAACUGUUCAUGACCAUACCGUUUCUGUUUGAGUUGCGUACGUUGAUGGAUUGGAUUUGGACCGACACGUCAAUGACGCUGUUCGAUUGGCUUAAGAUGGAGGACAUCUUCACCAAUGUCUACCAGCUGAAGUGCAUGCGCCAUCUGGAGGAAGACUUGCCGGCACCGCGCGGCCAGAAGAAGGGCGUGAUGGUGAAGUAUCUGAUGGGUGGAGGUAUGAUGUUGGGUAUCAUCUUUCUCAUCUGGUUCCCGCUGGCUCUGUUCGCGUUCAGUAAUGCAGUCGGUGAACCGAAUAUACCCUAUGAUGUGUCCGUAACGUUGCGCAUUGGUCCGUACGAACCGGUAUACAUGAUGAGCGCCCAGGAUAACAAUAUUCAUGGCCUAACAGAUAACAACUGGGGAGAUUUUACGGCACCAUACGCUACGGAGCGAACGGCAUUAACGUUCCUGUCUAACUACGAACCAGCGGAUGUGGCUGCCGUUAAGCUCGGUGCUAACUCAACUUCGAUCUGGAAUAUUUCACCUCCCGAUCGGGAACGGUUGUUGAAUGAUUUGAAGUCGAACGUAACACUCACCUGCCGGUUCCGAUAUACGAUUAGUCGACAGUCACAUUCGAAGGAAAAUCCGGGUGUUGUUUCGGAGGAAAGGGGCUAUGAGAUGGGUCCCGGUCCAGACCGUGAUGCGUUAAUUAAGCUGCUCACGGAGGAUACGAAUGACGUGGUCGUGCUACCAAACUUGAUGCCAAAGUUCUUGCGGGUACAAAACAGUGGUACGGUGCGACCGAUUCAUCAGCUGAUCAAAAAUGUGGAUUCUGAUACGGAUGAUGGUAAUUAUCGGAAUUUGAAGAUACGGCUUUUGAGAUCUAGUGACACCAACGCGAUGAUGUUCCAAUGGUGGGAAACGAGGGAAGAGUGCACUGAUACAUUGUACGAAAAAUAUUUAUCCCGAUUGCCGUACGCCGACUGUGCCAACUAUCUGGUGAUGUACAUGUUCAACGAUAAGAUAUUCCCCAGCACCAUUAGCUCCAUCGCCGCCGGAGGCAUCAUCGGUAUCUAUUCGACUAUGAUCCUCGUGUUUUCGCGCAUGUUGCGCACCAGCAUCUUCUCCGGUGCCAGUUCAAAGAUUAUGUUCGAAGAUCUACCGUACGUCGAUCGGGUUCUGCAGCUCUGUCUCGACAUCUAUCUUGUGCGCGAAUCGUGCGAGUUCACGCUGGAGGAGGACCUGUUUGCCAAAUUGCUCUUCCUGUACCGCUCACCAGAAACGAUGAUCAAAUGGUCCCGACCAAAGAACGAGGGGGGUGGCGAUGAUGAAACGGACACGAUGGCUGACGUACCGACGUCUCAUCCCAAGCAGGAGUGAGAGGCGUAGCCAUCUCCUCGUCUUUUUAUAAACCAUUUGCGGUGCAUUUCGAAGGACCACACCUUUACCUCCUACUUACGGCUUAAGGCCAGAAAUGGCAAUCCACGAUGGUUUUGUUAGGUUCAGUUAAAUUUUGCUUCGAUCGUUACCCUUUCUAAAAUUCGUUCUACUUUCGACGGCACUUACUACCAGCAGCGAUACGAAAAGGUCUAAGCAAUAAAGCAAGCUAGUGAGUAAUUUUAAACUUGUUACAUAGACAAUCCUCAUCCUCACAUAACGCUUAGGACACACACACACACAGGACACACAGGGGGACAUGGGAUAUGGGGAAUAGAGUCAUCGUUAGUGUGGUGGAAUGCAUUUGAGAAAUCUUUUCUCACUUUCGCAUGGUGUACUGUAUAUAAAUCGGGAUGAAGGGAGUGUUUAGUCGAAACGAUUAAGUCCAAAGUAGAAGUUAUUGCUAUUUAAUUGUUAAUUCCUUCAUCACCAUUUUCACUUUUGAAUUCAUCGUGCUUCGUGUCAUCCGUUCCUGAUUACGCUUUCCAGGCACGUUCUCCUAGAAAGGAGAAGGGAUGAGCUCGAAUUCACAGUCGAAAUCCAUUGGUUUUUUGUACGUUAUUUACGACAAACAUUUUAUAGUGCGUAAAUCAAUCGAAGAUGGAAGGAGUGCAUUCAUAGGACUCUUGUGAAGGAAUUAAGAAAUAAGAAAUCGAUAUCAUCGGAGGGUAGAGGAAAUACACUUGGCGAGAAACAUUCGA